AUGGGGGUGACAGAUUCAAAAGAGAGACAAGCGGACUCUGAGGAAAACUCGACAUCGAGAGAUAGUGAAAUACAACCCACACUUCUUCCUCUGGGCAGACUUGUUCGAGUUCAUUUAGCACCAAAGUUUUACACUUCGGAAGAGAGAGGCUUUACAAGAAGCUACUGUUUGCUAGUCACUUUACAAAGAGAGGUGAAUGCAUACAAAGCUAGUGUCCAACAUGAACGAGAUCUAACGGCAAAUGUUGAGUUUCACGAGAGAAGACGAAGUCUCCGAGAGGGUUCUCUGUUUUUCGGUCGCGAAGCGCUGUCUCUAAGACGAGCGAACUCAGUUACUAUAAACUCCAUAAACGGAUCGGAUAUCGAAGUGAAGCAAGUCACUGUGGAAGAAAACGAUUCUCUCAGAAUUGUGGGUGUUUUCAAGAAGGAUUUGAGAAGCACCGUUGACUUAGAAAGCUGCGAUACAUUUGACCUUAUACUAUGUCCAAGCAGUAGAAUAAGGAGUGACUGCUCCGACUGGUUUCUGUUGGGGACAAUGUAUACAAAACGCGCAAACUCUAAACAUGCACGACAUUGGCGAGCCGCAGUGAGGGCUGAUUACACCUGA